UAGGCUGAUAUAAUAUUUUAGAGCAACGGUAGUAUUGUAUCAAACUCAACCUACUCAUCAGCAAAUAAGCAAAGACAAGCAUUUGGCGGGUUCUUCCUUUAAGGAGCUCUUCCUUCUUCUUCUUCUUCUUCGUUGCUUGAGAUGGCUACUUUGGUGAAGCUUGUGCAGCCACCAUCUCUAAUGGCUUUUACUCACCAGCCAUGGCAGCAACACCAAGCCAAGUUUGGUGAGCUGCUAAAGUUCAGAUUGGUAAACCCUAUAAAAACUGCAGCACAAAGUUCAUCAUCUACAUCCUCUUUGGAAGUUUCUCAAAUCAAGGAGAAUUUUUCUCAAGCACUCCAGGGGAUUAACAGAGGGGUAUUUGGGACAACAUCUGGGAAGAAGUCUGAGAUUCAGGAGCUGGUGCAGCAGCUAGAAUCCCAGAACCCAACUCCAGAUCCCACUCUCAAUCUUCACAAGGUGGAUGGAUGUUGGAAGCUUAUAUACAGCACAAUCAGCAUAAUGGGUGCAAAGAGAACAAAGCUAGGGUUGAGAGAUUUCAUCACCUUGGGUGACCUCUUCCAAAUCAUAGACGUAGCCGAGAGCAAAGCAGUGAAUGUGAUAAAGUUCAAUGUGAAGGGACUGAACCUGUUGAAUGGUCAGCUGGCAAUUGUAGCCUCCUUCAACAUUGAUUCCAAAUCAGUUAUGAAAAUGAUCCCCCGUUUUCCACUCUCUUUGCAUCACCUCUCCUUCCUCUGAAGGGCAACAUUCUGAUAUAACCCUCUCUUUUUUUUUGUGUUGGUAGAGAGUUACAAUUACAUACAGAGAAUCAACCAUCACACCUGACCAGCUGAUGAAUGUGUUCCAGAAGAACUAUGACCUUCUUCUCAACAUCUUCAACCCCGAGGGGUGGCUCGAGCUCACAUAUGUUGAUGAUGAGAUGAGGAUAGGAAGGGAUCAAAAGGGUAAUAUCUUUGUCUUGGAGAGAUCUGAAGAACAGAUUUGUUUGUAACACUUAGUUUUUGCUUAGCAAAGUUGGAUGCUGUUCAUGGCUAAUUUUUCAGAAGGUUAUACAGACUAUAGACACAUAACUCAUUGAUGUUUACUCAUUUGUAUAGACAUUUUUGUUAUUCUAUGGAAUCAACGGAAGCUAAUGUGACUGAGCUCCUACUGUAUUGAUGUUUAGAGACCAAAAAUGUUAGUAAGGUUA